CAAGUUUUCAACUCUCUAUACAACUGUUUCAUAAGUUUGGAAAAAGAAGAGAGUCAUCAUCAUUAAUGGAUAAUACUUUCAACAGAAUACUUCCCUUCCUCGAAACUCAGAUCAUGUCACAAUAUCGUCUGAUAUCUUACAUCUCUCAUUUAAAUUAACAGCAACCAAAUCUCAGACGACGAUGGAAAGCUCAAUUGGGUUCAUGACAGUCUUUGCUGUCUCCGGAAGCGUGGUGCUCCUUGCUGCUCAGCUUCACAAGCGUCUCCUCUCUGAUUACAUGGGCAAGCUCGAACCUCAACAUCCUAGUAAGGAAAGCAAGAAAAAGAAGAAGAAAGUGAGUUUUGCAGAAGAUAUGGUGGAACCAUCAGGGAACAACGAAGAGUAUCGCCGGAGUUUUCGCAAAUCAAAGUUGGAGGAUCAUGAAAGCAGAAUAAGCAGGAAUCCCAUAAAAGAGUCAAGUUCUAUAACAAGUCAACAUUCAACACACUAGUUUUUUCUUUCUAAUUUGGUAUUCAUUCUAUAGUCGCUACAUACCCCAUUCAAUGUCAACUUGUCAAUGGACGUAGAUGUGUUGUUAAUGUUCUGAAUUCGUAUCGACUAGCGUAUUAAUUGGUACCAGCCAG